CCUGUCAAUGAGGGAAUGAUUAAAUGAACCUGAUUGCUUCGUGGGUUUUUAGAUCUUGUUUAUCCGAUCUUCGUGUUAUAUUUUAUUUGGAAUUCCCGCCAACUCCUUAAAACCACUUUCAACUACACACCGUCCUCAGCACCGUUACCCACUCUAUCAGCGACCUCGACCUCCAGUGGACCACCUCCUCCUCCUCCACCACCACCACCCCUCUCCCUUGACAAAACAACCGUGGCGACGACUCGAGAGUAACUUGAUCGAUCCUACCUGCAGCCUUUCCGAUAUCUCCGAUUGCGCUUGUGAAUAUAUCCGUGAACUCAAUGCAGUCCGUUAUCGCCCAGCUCAUUUGCGACAGGUGAUAGACACGCCUCGCUUGCGGCUAGAUGGAGACCUAUGGCGUCCGGAUACAACUCAGUUUUCUCCGCGACGUCGAUCCAGCACCGCACUCUAGCUGAUGGGCGGUCCCUUUCUAGCCAGGAUGACGUCCCCAUGGACGGCAGUUGGCCCGGGCCCGCUGCUGCCUCGAGGACGACGGUGCGGAACGCUCGCUCAGAGUCCGGGGGAAGUACGACCAUUGGUCCGCGAGGAGGGUCGCUGACUCCCUCUCUCGGAGGACCUGGCAGCUUCAGCUCCGAGCUCAAGAGCAUGAAGUCGUCCCGCAGUACCACCCCGCGCCCCGAUCCACGUCCCGAUGGCCCAUAUGCACGCAGACCAAGCAGCACCUUCGACCAUGAUGAACUUUCGGGCACUGAGGAACGCCAGGCUGCGAUUCGUGAUAAGAUCGCCAAGGAGAUGAAGAUAAAAUCGGGGACGGAGAAUAUGCUGGAAGCCUUGCUGGCGAAGAAUCCCAAACAAACGAAGGAUCAGAGACUAAGGGUGGAAUCGGAGCUGAGUUCGUCGAAUCGCAAGCUCGCUGAACUGCAUCACGAACUCGAGGAGGAAUUGUUACGUGCGCAGGCGCCCUCCACCCCUCCGCGAAGUCGUUUGUCGAGCUUGUUUCAGGGCAGCGCUAUGCGAUCGCCUUCUCGUCACAAUGUGUCGGAUGGUGAGCAGCUGGAGGAUGGUGAGGCGGAGAUGGAAUCGCCGACUUAUGUCCUCGCAGAGACUCUCCAGGCCCUGGAAAUUGAGGGAAUGUCACCGGACUACUACGUUGAGCGGGCAAAUAGCCUAGUCGAGCUGUUCAAACGACAUCCCACCUUGAAAUAUGACCUCGCUUGGUCAGUUUUCGGCUUGCGUGUCCAAGUCAUGCUCUUAAGUGAUAGUAAGGAAGUUGUCGCCGCUGGUUACCGGUUAACCCGCUACGCCAUUGCGGAUCGAAAAUCCCUCCGCAUCAUUCGGUCCCUUCACACAGAUGAGCUCGUCAUUCUGUCUUUGGUGAAAGAAAGCAAAGCAAAUAUCGAACGAGAGCAAGCGCUGAAAUUCGUACGGGCCUUUCUCGACGUCAAGGAUGGCGUCAAAGAAAUUUCCCGUGCUGUUGUACGGACGGUUGUCUCUGUUGCCGAGCACCAUGAGGAUCGUCUCCAGAACAUUUCGCUGAUGACCCUAGCAGAGAUUCUAGUGAAGGACCCGCAACUUAUUGCAUAUGCCGGUGGGCUUGCUCCAUUACAUGACGCCUUAGCAGAAGGCACAUUCGGAGCCUCAGAGAGCUUGAUAGCCAGCUUCCUCCAUGUUCUCGAUACGCCGCACAGCAGAACCCAUUUACGGGGCGGUUCUGAGCUCGAGGCUGUACUCGCGCCGUUUACCGACUCGCUCUCAGACACAGUUCGCAAUGGGCGCUUAAAAUCGUCAGCAAAGGCCAUUUCUGCGAUGUUAAAAACAUGGCCCGGCUUGGUCAUCCUUGGAAGAAAUGGAGCAAGGCCUCUACAAUCACUCUUGGAUUCCUUGCAUUACCCAGAUCCCCAGGCGAGGGAUCUCAUUAUGGAACUCUUAUUUGAUGCCUUGAGAAUAAAGCCUCCAUCAUGGUCCUCGUCCUUUCUUGCUGGGAGGAGGCUUACAACCUAUGGUAGAGUCACAAACCUCAGAUCAGAGUCAGAGACGAAACAAAUCCGGGGUCUCUGUGAUAACAGUGAAAACAAGUUCGACCUAACAGCGCACUUCUCAACCCUGAUUCUCGCAACUUUGAUAGACGCGGGAUUAUCCAAGGCUCUUUGUGACCUUAUCGAGGAGGAAACAGAUCUCUCGCUAAGGAGAAAAGCAACGCUGCUCUUAACAGAAGUUCUGAAGCUAGCCCACCAUUCCUUGCCCCAGCGUAUCAGUGCAAAACUCCAAGUCCUCCCACAUCUGAUUUCCCCCGCUAUUCAUUUUGAUGUUGAAAACCACGAUGUAUCCACGUCCACCAUCUACCAAAUCGAGAGUAUUAACCGAACAUUGGCCCGUUCUUUUGGCUUCCCCAAUGGAGCUGCAAGAUACAGUGCGGAUGUUGAUAUUUCUGCUUCACUUCUGUCAGGGGAUCAAAACAAAGACAAACUCAGCCCUGCUAUGGACGAAACGCAAUUCCGUAAUGCAAUCCUGGAAACGCACGUCUUGAACACCGUCAACUAUAUUAAGUGGAAGUGGGACCUGAUCCACCGUAUUGUGGAAGGCCCUCUUACGAACCCCAAGAGGCUGGAUGAGGCGAUCAAGGGCUCAAAGUUUAUGAAACGUCUUAUGGGCUUUUAUCGGCCUUUCAAAUAUCGAUUCGCCAUGCUCUCGAAUACGAAGCCAAAUCAACGUUAUGUCCGCACAGGUUGUGCUUUAAUGCGCACCCUCGUGCAGACUCCCGAAGGAAUUAAAUAUCUGGCGGAAAACAAAUUCCUCAGACAGGUUGCGGAGUGUCUUGCCCAAGUGGACCGUAUGAGCGGGCUUACUUCAUCGUCCCCCGUCUUCUCUCGAGAUCGGAUGUCUACGACAUUGAGCGGAGGCUAUUUUGCGAUGUUGGGGACAUUAAGUGCCGAUGCCAAGGGGCUUGCUAUGAUGGAGCGAUGGCAUAUGCUCAACAUGUUUUAUCAUAUUAUCGAACUUCGAGAUCGAGAUGACCUAAUCCAAACACUCUUGGGAAAUAUGGACUACACCCAAGGAAGCCACCUUCGAGUGCUCUUGUCAAAAGCUCUGACAACUGGUUCCAAAGAGAUUCGUAUAUUUGGUACACGACUGCUCCGGAAAUACGCUGUCGGAAAUGUGCCUCUCUCUUCGCAUAUGGCAGUCGGGAAUGCCGAUUGGGUUAUCAAGCUCCUGGUAACUCAACUAUACGAUCCGGAUGUUUCUGUCUGCCAAGUGGCUGUGAAAAUUCUCGAAGAAGCCUGCAAUCAGCGGGAUUAUCUUGAGUUUGUGGUCAGAUGCCGACCAUCUUUAGACCAUCUAGGCGAGAUUGGCGCUCCUCUGCUUUUGAGGUUCUUGUCAACUUCCGUUGGGUACCACUAUCUAGAUGGACUGGACUACAUCACUCAGGAAAUGGACGACUGGUUCCUUGGUCGAAAUGACGCAUAUGUGAGCUUGGUCGAGGCAGCUCUGUCGCGUGCUUAUGUUGACCAGCCUCGAAGAAACAGUCUGGUUCCUGAAGAUCUAGUCGAUCUACAAGAUAUUGGGCUGGUGCCUCCACAUUUCUACAGAGAGCUAGCCCGAACCGCAGAGGGCUGCAAACUUCUCGAGCAGUCUGGCCACUUCGAAGAAUUUGCUGGAACAAUCCGUGAUCUUAGACUAAAUGAAGAAGACCAUGAAGUUCUCCUCAAAGUCAAAGGCUGUCUCUGGGCAGUGGGCAACGUCGGCUCCAUGGAGCUUGGAGCACCGUUCUUGGGGCUGGACAUUAUUAAGAAUAUUGUUAAGAUAGCAGAGAGUGCUGAAGUACUGACCAUGAGGGGAACUGCUUUCUUUGUGCUCGGGUUGAUCUCCCGAAGUCGACACGGUCUCCAGGUUUUGAGGCAGGCUGGGUGGGACUCUGCACUCGACCAGAAAGGGAAUUCUCUCGGCCUGUGUCUUCCCACAAAUUUCGGCAAACUCUUUCUGGUCGAUUUUCCUACCUCUUCUAGGCCUUUAGAAGCGAAGCGUACAUCCCAAGAAAAGUUCAAGGCUGCCUCUAUGGAUCCAGAUCCAGCCAACCAGAAGAUUCUGAAGCUGAUUGUCGAUAUGGGCAAUACCGUUUUGUCCAAGAGAGCAGCGGCAGAUCUUCAUAAUAUCAAGUCCAAACAGCCCGAGCGAUUCCAUCAACCUCACCUUUUCCGCAAGACCUUGAGUAUUCUCGAAAGCCACCAUUUCCGACUACCCGCGCGACGGUUUGCCCUCGAUCUGUUCGACAAGAGCGUUUUGCGGCGCAUAGUGAUCGACGACGACUCCGACAGUGACUUAGACGCAACUUCCUCAGAAGGAUCAGGCUGACUUUCUUACACCUCCCACCAGUACCACGUAUUAACAUAUACUUUUACGGGAAUGCCAUCCUGUCCUUUUCUUUUCUUUUCUUUUUUUCUUUCCCCUCUCUCUCUCUCUCUCUCUCUCUCUCUCUCUCUCUCUCUCUCUCUUUCCGGUCUA